AUGGCAGGCACGCGUCGACCCCCCGCGCUCGAAGUGUACGAGGAUCCCGACACUUACAACACGAGCUCCACCACACAUGAUGUUGAGGCAGCCCUGCUUCAUGCUCUCGGACCACUAAGCGACGCGUCAAAUAAACAGAACUUCCAACUAAAUCCAUCCACAUCCACCAAACCAGGUUCCUCGCCGUCCAAGAGGGCCAGCUCUCCCGCCCGGCCCACGAGCUCGCACAAUCUGGCCGACUUUCGCAUAUCACCACCGCGGCAACGAAACUUCACAGACUCGCCGCGAAAGAACGACGACUUUUACGAUAUGUAUCCUCCUCAGGCUGUGGGGCAGCCUCUCUAUCAGCCUUAUCCGUCUGCAUCUGUUUCUACCUACGACAAGGAGAACAUGUUCGGCCAAGGUGCAUCCUUCGGCGAGCUCACGUACCCAGGAUCGGAGUAUGGGUACAAGGCGCCGAUGAAGCGCAGCCUCACCGACUAUCUCGCUCCAAAGCCCGUUGCCAAGAAGCAGAAACUUCACAGUGACGACCAGCCGGUUGAUUUGCCAAACCCAGAGGACAUGCCCGCCGUCACUGAUGAUGGCUCAAAACCCGCGCAUAGCUAUGCUGAGCUUAUYGGCAUGGCCAUUUUGCGCGCACCAAAUCGUCGUCUGACACUUGCCCAAAUCUACAAGUGGAUCUCCGACAACUUUGCCUUCUACAAGGGCUCUGAAGCUGGAUGGCAGAACAGCAUCCGCCACAACCUCAGUCUUAACAAGAAUUUUGUCAAGCAGGAGCGUCCCAAGGACGACCCCGGCAAAGGCAACUACUGGGCUAUCAAGGCUGGCGAGGAACGCCCAUUUUUGCUUGGAAAGAAGCAACCCGUACGUAAAAUGGCCAGCAGCCCAGAUGGCGCUCAGUACAUGCAGUACCCACACAUGUCCUCGGACCAUGGAUCCUUGCGCCCUCCAAGUGCACCGGCUGUGAGCAAUUUCACAAUGGGUUCAAACUCUAUCAAGAGGGCAGAGCCCAAGGACAUUGACUCCGCCAAGUUCCCCGACGACACUGAACUUUCCUCGGAUGGCACCAUCCCGGCGUCAGACCCUGCUCUUCAGGAGGACGAAAAGGAUGUCGACGACUCUCUUGCCAUGCCACCACCGCCGAUUUUCAUGCGUUCAUCGCCGCCACCUCAGGAUCUCGGGUCCUCUCCACCCACAAUGCAACCACAACCACACAGCAAUGGUACACCGCCUCCAGCACUACGUCUACCGUCUUCCAGCCGAUCCGGGGGUCGUCGACGCAAAAUCGCUGGCCUUGCUGACAGUGGUUACUGGUCGUCGAUCGAGUCUUCCGCAGCUCGGGGAGCAGCUCAACAGCUCGCCUCCGAAUCUGAUCUUCGAGGCCACCGCAUCAAGAAAGGCAGAGCUGAGGCUGAGAUUGCUCGCAUUCGUAGCUCAUCCUUUGACAGUCCCAGCAAGGAUCAGACUCGAUUCCAUGGACUGCCCACGAACUUUGGGUCAUCGCCGGUGCGCAAAGAUGACAAUCCACUGACGCCGGCUGUCGUCUUCAAGCGUCCCGCGAGACCACCGCCAUCUGUCUCGCCAAACACCAACCUGCGAGAUCAUCGCAACCGAGUACGAGCAUUGCUAGGCUCGCCGUCGAAGAGUUUCAGCCCCAUGCCAGAACAAGGCAACUGGAGCCCAGCUUUCAAUCUUGGCGACGAAAGCAUUGUCGGUCUCACACCCUUUGUCUCACCUUAUAAGCAGGGCAAGACACCAUGGAGGCCACUCGCCGAGGGAUCCAGCGCUUACAACUUCAGCAACAAUGCUUUCGAUGUCUUCAUCGACGCGCCUGAGCAGGACAUUGCUGCCCGUGGCUCUCCUGAGAAGCGAGUGAACAGGCGUCCAUCUCUCGCGCGUGCUGCGACCAGCACUGGAAUCCUUGCCGACAUCACAGGCGCUUCCAAGAGCAAUAAUAUAAUGCUACCACCAUCAGGUGGCAGCCCCUUCUCCCUCUCGCCUUUUAUGGCGAAAUCAAACUCAACAAAGCCAACCGACAAACCAGACUCCUCCCUCAAGGAGUCACACUUCCACUCGACUUCAACUUCGGGCGCAGAUAUGAGCUGGUUGGACGUCGGUCUCGGUGCAGAAAACAUGCGCCAAGGCCAUUCAGUCGGCAAGACCGACACUUCGGACCUCUUUGGUGUUGAUCUCCACAGCGAUGGCAGUGAAGAGGCCAUUGACAUCUUCCAAGACUUUGGCAAGAUUGGACAGGCACAGGCAAUGCCACCACCAGAUCGAUCGACUGGCAGCCCAGUUCGCAGGACCAAUAUGGGUCCACCCGCACGCCCACCAAUGGGUCGUAGCAGUAGCAGUCGGUGGUGA